AUGGGCCGCCCAAAGAAGGACGACGAUGAAAAAGAGAAAAAGGUGAAGAAAGUGAAAAAAGUCAAAGAUCCCAACGCCCCAAAACGUCCGAUUUCUGCUUACAUGCAUUGGCUUGCCGAAAACCGAAAACGCCUUACAAAAGAGGGAAUGAGUGUGGCGGACGUAGCCAAGCUUGCUGGAGCCGAAUGGCGCAUGAUUCCUGACAAAUCGAAAUGGGAGGAAAUCUACAAGAAGGACAAGGAGCGCUACGAGGCUGAAAUAGCUGAAUACAACAAGAGCUCAUAG